UGGGCUGUUCUAGAAGGGCCGGAGCCACGCUGCCCUUGGAGACGCAGCCAACGGCACCCUGCCGCCGCAGCCGGCACUGAUGGACGCAGCGCCGCCCCACAGCGGCCGCGGGCAGGCGGCUGCCGCCAUCGAGGCGCUCGGCCGCUCGGCUGGGAGACCUGCGGGGCGCUGCGGAGCCCGGAAGCGGAGCGAGUGCUCCGAAACGGCGGCGAUGGCGGCGGAGCAGCUGUACCCGCGGAGCUCUAUCGAGGAUGACUUCAACUACGGCAGCAACGUGGCCUCGGCCAGCGUCCACAUCCGCAUGGCCUUUCUACGAAAAGUUUACAGCAUUCUGUCUGUUCAGGUUCUCCUGACCACAGUCACAUCUGCAAUUUUUCUGUAUUCCACUGGAGUACAGGCAUUUGUUCAUGAAAGGCCUGCCUUGCUUUUGAUAUCUGUGUUUGGAUGUUUGGCUAUAAGCUUUGCACUGGCCCUCUACAGACACCAGCAUCCUGUUAACUUAUACCUGCUUUUUGGAUUUACCCUCCUGGAAGCACUUACAGUUGCCAUUACAGUGAGUUUCUAUGAUGUGUCCAUCGUCUUGCAAGCCUUCAUUCUUACGACUGCUGUAUUUCUUGGGCUGACUGUGUAUACCUUGCAGUCAAAGAGAGACUUCAGCAAAUUUGGAGCAGGGCUCUUUGCUUGCUUGUGGAUUUUAAUCUUCUCAUGUUUCUUGAUGCUGUUUUUCCAUAGUGAAAUAAUGGAGCUGGUGUUUGCUGCUGCUGGAGCACUUCUCUUCUGUGGAUUUAUUAUUUAUGACACUCACUUGCUGAUGCACAAGUUAUCCCCUGAAGAGUACAUACUGGCUGCAAUCAACCUUUACCUGGACAUCAUCAAUCUGUUCCUCAACCUGCUACGUUUACUGGAGGCAUUUAAUAAGAAGUAAUAAACAGGGAUAUGGUUGAAGUACCUGAAUAGUGUUGGCUCAGAUGAUCUACAAACUGUGUGCUCUCAUCUUUUAGAGACUGAAUCUUUAUUUCUCUUUCAUUACAUGAGUACUCAUCCCUCCUUUGAGGUGAGGGGGAAGCUCUCAGUCUAAGUUCUUCUCUAGAAUAUGUAUUUUGUUUAGUUGACGUGGUGUAUCCAUUUACACUCCAUUUUUAAUUUACUUAAUUUGCACUUGAUGUAAUUCACAAUUAAAAUGUUUGCCAAUUUCUGAUUGCUCCAGAGCACGCUGAGAAAGUCUCUGACUGUAAUUCUGUAGCUUCUGGAAAUGUUUCCUCUGUGAUUGGCAGAGUAAGGAGGCGUAAAGGCAGACGGAAGUGAUGUUUGUGCAGUGUUUUACUAAGUUAAAACUACUUCUAGUCUUGGUUUGGUAAAAUGGAAUGCUGUCUGUGAAAGGGAGGUUUUGCUAUUGAGCCCUAAUGUAACUGGGAGAUUAUGAGGUUGCUUCAUGGGAAUGUUCUUCAUUCAUUAAGGACAAUUUAUUGCCUAUCUUUCAGUGUUUUGGGAAAUCAUUUGAAGAUGGAUUCUUGUGUAUGUUAAGGUUAAUGGUGUCUCAAUAAAAAAUUAGAAAA